AGUAAAGAAGCAGGACUGUUUCGGGCGUUCAGUUCUGAGGGGAAGUACUUGGCGAUGUGAGCCCGUGCCUUACUCGGACGCUGCAGUUAGGAAAGCGCUCCUACCUCUAUUUACAAAGGAGAAAAGGAGAAAAAGACUGAUGACAACAGCCGACAUCCGGAUUCUUGUGCUUUUGGAUUGAGCGAAGAAUUUAAAUUUCCUCCUCAACGUCUAUUGUCGGAAUUAAUCUUCUUACGAAUCUUCAGCGAAGUGUAGUUUUUAACAUGAGUGGUAUGGAGGAGGGGAGCACUGGCCAAUAGGAGGCCUGGGAUGUGCCCUGGUCCUGGCUGCUCCAAGUCUCCCGGACCUGUAGGAGGUGAACGCCGGGCACCACUGCAAGUAGAGAGUGUGGGUAAGGCGCGCGGUCGCCAUGGCUCUGGUCCAGACUCUGCCCGCCCCCUCUGAUCAUCCCAAGCCCAGCGUCUCUGCCCCCCGCUCGCCCCCAGGAGGCACCAUGGGCUCCGUCAGCAGCCUGAUCGCCGCCCGCACAUACCAGGAGCGCCACUGCCGCAAGCCCACCCCGGCCGCGGGCUGCGUCCGCCAGCAGGAGGCGCUGCUCCAUGUGUCCGGCUCCCAAGAGCUGCUGGUGGGCGGGGGCAGCCUGUCCACCAAGAGGCAGGCCUCAAUUACUGCCACCGGUAAUGGGAACUACAGUUACCUAUGUGAGGACUCGUUUGGGGACUGGAACGACAACCACGUGACUCCCAGCAGCCCCUGCAGCGACUCAGAGGAGACAAAGGACAACCGCGUGCUGAACGGGAACAUCGGGGGACCCCCUCCCAAACUCAUCCCUGUGUCGGGCAAGUUGGAGAAGAAUAUAGAGAAAACACUGAUCCGGCCCACAGCAUUCAAACCAGUGGUGCCUAAGAACCGCAACGCGGUGCAAUACUUGUCUCCACGGCCAGGGUGCAGUCUGUCAGAGAGCCAAGGUAGCCUCAACCUCCUGCUGCCGGGGGCGGGGGGAUCUUUGGUCUGCACAGACAAGCGGAACUCCUACAGCGGGGGGCGCAACACCAGGGGCAGCCAGUCCUGCACCAUGUCGGACUCCGGGCGCAACUCCCUGUCCAGCCUGCCCACGUACAGCAGCGCCGGGUACAGCCUGGCCCCCAGCGAGGCCCCCGGGGGCCACCUGGAGCCCGCACGCUCAGCGCCCGGGCACGGCCACUCCAACUCGGACAGCGGCCGUUCGUCUUCCAGCAAGAGCACGGGGUCGCUGAGCGGGCGGGGCCAGCCGCUGUCAGACAGCGGGUCGUGCGGCCGGUCCCCCGCCCCGGCAGAGGGGUACGAGGCUGUGGUGAGGGAGCUGGAGGAGAAAUUGAGAGAGAGAGAGCUGGAGCUGCAGCAGCUCAGGGAGAACCUGGACGAGAACGAGGCCGCUAUCUGCCAGGUGUACGAGGAGAAGCAGAAGCGCUGCGAGCUGGAGCUGGAGGAGCUCCGGCAGAGCUGUUCCUCCAGGAUGAAGCAGGCGUCCCAGAAGGCCGUGCGGGCCCAGCAGGUGCUGCAGCUGCAAGUCUUCCAGCUGCAGCAGGAGAAGAAGAAGCUGCAGGAGGACUUCUCCCAGCUGCUGCAGGAGCGCGAGCUCCUAGAGAAGAAGUGCGCCUCCAUCGAGAGGGAGCAGACCCAGCUGGGGCCCCGCCUGGAGGAGACAAAGUGGGAGGUGUGUCAGAAGUCGGGCGAGAUUUCCCUGCUGAAGCAGCAGCUGAAGGACCUGCAGGUGGACCUGGGCCAGAAAGCGGGCGACAUCGUGGCACUGAAGGCGCAGCUGCGGGAGGCCCGGGCGGAGCUGCAGGCCAGCCAGGCCCGCGCCCAGGAGGCGCACGCCGCCGCCCGCACGCGCACCCUGGAGCUGGAGGUGUGCGAGAACGAGCUGCAGCGCCGCAAGAGCGAGGCGGAGCUGCUGCGCGAGAAGGUGGGCCGGCUGGAGGAGGAGUCCGCCCGCCUCCGGGAGGCCCUGAGCGCCCCCAUUGGCCAGGGGGGCACAGUCCUCGCUCCCGCCCCCAAGGGGCAGGGCCUGGGGCUGUCCCCACCCCAGGGGCGGGUCUCAUUGCUGGGCCCCGCUUACCGGGAGGAGGAGCAGCACCUGCUGGCCUACGAGAGCGACGAGGCAAAGGCACAGCGGCAGAGUGCGGACGCCCUGCAGGGCCUGCGGCAGCAGGUGGAGCGACUACGUGCAGAGCUCCUGUACGAGCGGAGGCGCAGCGAGGACCAGGCCGAGACCUUUGAGGAGGAGCGGCGGGUGUGGCAGGAGGAGAAGGAGAAGGUCAUCCACUACCAGAAGCAGCUGCAACAGAACUACAUCCAGAUGUACCGGCGCAACCGGGAGCUGGAGCGCGUGAUGCGGGAGCUCAGUCUGGAGCUGGAGACCCGCGACCUGGAGGAGAUCGAGGGGCCCGGCAACGAGAUCCACUUCGAGGAGAUCACCGCCACCGAGAUCUAGGCCCCCCGCCUGGGUCCCACGACAGGAGACCGACCCGCACUGCACUAACACCGCGUGGAGGAAUCUGCCCACCUCCGCCCCAACCCAAUGAAGAUCACAGUAGAAACAGGGAGAAAUGCACCUGCCUGCCCAUCCCCACUCCAGCGCACACCCAUCACCCAUCACUCUGCUCUGACCAAGAAACAGGUUUCCAUGCUGUCACGCCACCCACAUCCCAUAAUGCACCCACCCCCCAUCGCCAAGGAGACAGACACGUGAUGGGAUGAGACAGAUGGGGAGAUGGAUUAGUGCGUGUGUCAGGACUGAGUCACCAAAGGGUCCCUU